AUGACUGAAUGUUUUGGCAAUGUCAGCAAUUUAUCCAUUCAACAAGGCUUGUAUAUUAGAGCAUUCUGUAGUGGGCUAGACCAAGUACUCACUCCAUAUAGACAAGCACUGCUGCAGUUGGAGAGAGAUAUUUUGGCAGAUUCUCAUCUGCCUGUGACCCAUGUUCAGUGUGCCCUUGAAGAGUUUCAGCUACUGUUCCCAGCUUUAUUAGGGAUUAUAGACCAGUUGCUUCAACACAGAGCUCAUGGAUGUCAAAUUUUGGAGAUAUUGCACAAAAAUGCAUCCACUGGUGUGCCCAAAGUCAAGGCAGCCUUAAAUCAAAUCCUGCAUGUGUGUCAUGGAGUUUUCUACAAGCAAUUGUCUGCCUGGAUGCUACAUGGUCUUCUACUGGAUCAGCAUGAGGAGUUCUUCAUUACCAAGGCCUCUAAGGAACCCAGUAAGAGUCAGAGAUCAGUAGAAGAUGAUGACUUGGGGAUAGCAGGAGUCACAGGGAGACAGUUACAGCAGAUUAUGCAGUUAGCAGAAGAUGAUCUUGUGGCUCAUUAUGAACAGUUUACACUGCGAGCAGGAAUGCUACUUUCAUACAUCCCAACAAGGGUAGCCAACAAGAUUUUGUUUGUAGGGGAGUCUGUCUGCAUGUUUUCCAGUGAAAACAAGAAGGGAGGAGUUAUGUACAAAAGGUCUGUAUUGAAAAAUAAGGAAGACUCAUUUGCCAAAGCACUACAGGAACUAAGUCAAGAAGAGGAGUUUAGUUUGAUGUCAUUUGAGAAUGUCAUUGACAAAAUAAGAGUGUGUGUUGCUGAGACUUUAUGGAAACUGGUGGUUGAAGAGUCAGAUCUGAUUGGCCACUUACGCAUUAUCAAAGAUUUUUAUUUGCUGGGAAGGGGUGAGCUGUUCUUAGCCUUCAUUGACCAGUCCCAAGGACUGCUUAAUCCUCCACCAACAGGAACUACAGAACAGGAUGUAAACAUGGCAUUUCAGCAUGCAGCAAGGAGCGUCCUGUUUGAAAAUGAAGAAGUAAUGCAGAGAUUCAAAUUAACUGUGGAGAACAAAUCUGAAAAGUCUCAGACCAAAAAGACUGGCCUUGCAGAAACAGUUCAGAGUGCAGAACCAGGCUGGAAUGUUUUAGGUUUGGAGUAUUCUGUGGAGUGGCCUCUACACCUCCUGACUACAGAGAGUUGCUUGGAAAAAUAUAACCAGUUAUUCAGUUUUCUAUUGUUGGUGAAACGAGUAGAGCUAGACCUGCAGCACUGCUGGAUGCUGCAUAUGAACCAUUUUAAACAGCAGGAAAUGCUUGAAAAUGAAAGGCAAAUGUGGAACCUACGCAUGCACAUGUCUUUCUUAGUGGAUAAUCUACAAUAUUAUUUACAGGUUGAUGUAAUAGAGUCACAGUUCAGUAUACUAUUGGAGAAGAUCCAUACCACAAGAGACUUUGAAGCCAUUCGUCUUGCUCAUGAUCAGUUUAUCACUUCACUGUUAUCACAGUCAUUUUUGCUUAUGAAAGGAGUCAGUCGUUGUCUGCAUGAAAUUCUGAAUGGCUGCCAUGCAUUUUGUGUUCUGGUCAGUCAUUCUCACACUGGAAUGGAUGAGAGACAAAUUGCAAAGCUUGAAGAAAUAGCAAAGAAUUUCCAACGUCAGUCCAAGCUCCUGUUCAGCAUACUGUCCAGUGUAAAGAGUCAUCAGGGGAGUCCACACCUGGCACAGCUACUGCUUAGAAUGGACUACAAUAAGUACUUCAGUAUGGCUGGAGGGCAGUUGGGAAGCUGUAGUCCCAUUGAAGCUCCCUCAGCAACUUUACCAUCAUCAAGUCGGAGGUGAAGGCAGAUGGUCAGAUGUUUUGGAGUAUUUCAUUAAUUGACAAUUUUACAGAUAAUUGACAAACACUGAAGUUGAUCUCUGUACUGCCUGUAAUGCUGAACCAGAUGUGGCUUGUUAAAUGUAUCAAGUUACUCAGAAGUAUGAACUGGCCUAUUUAUGUGAAUAAUCAACUAAAAGACAGAGUUUGCUGCAAGCAUGGUGUAACUUGGAAAUUUGUUCCACU